AUGCACGAGCACGACGCCGUGGUGGCCGCCGUCCACCACAGCGUCGUGGCCGGCGCCGCAGCCGCGCUCGUCGCCCUGGCCGUCGCGCUCUUCCUGCUCUGGCGCAAGAGGCGUAUGGCAGCCGCGAGAAGCCCCGCCGACGGUGGUGCCGCAUCAGCCUCAGGCUCUUCGGCCUCGACCGCGCCUCUGCUGGUGAUCCCGCUCGCCGACGUUGAGCGCGCCACGGACGGGUUCCACCCGAGCCGGGUCAUCGGGCAGGGGAGGCACUUCGCCGUGUACGCUGCGGCACCCGGGAUCGCCGCCAAGCGCAUGCACCCGCACCUGGUCCUCGGCGACCCCGGCGGGAGACGGUUCCCCGCCGCGGUCCGCUCGCUGGCCGUGCCGCCCCACCCCAACGUCGCCGCCGUGACCGGCCUCUCCGAGGGCCCAGGAGAGCGCGUCAUCCUCGUCGAGCGCGCCCCCGCCGGCGCCGUCAGCCUCGACAGGGUCCUCGGCUGGGACGACGCCGCCCACGCCCACCACGUACCCGCGUUGUCGUGGCGCCAGCGCGCCGCGGUCGCCGCCGGUGCCGCGCGCGGGCUGGCGCACCUGCACGCGCACGGCGUGGCCCACGGCCGCGUGCGGCCGUGCAACGUCCUUGUGCACGCCUCCUCCGGCGGCGGCGCGCGCUGGAGGCACGCCAACGCCACCACCAGGCUCACCGACUACGGGCUGGCCGGCUUCCUCGACCGCCGGGACGACGACGCGCGCGCGGAGGACGACAUGUACAUGUUCGGCGCGGUGCUGCUGGAGCUGCUCACCGGGCGGCGCUGGGACGGCGGCCGGCUCGCGGACUGGGCCCUGCCACAUAUACGCUGCGGCGCCACCUUGGAGGUGCUCGACGUCGUGCGGGCCGGCGCGCCGGCCGACAAGGCGGAGGCGCGGCUGCUGGCGCGGGCGGCCAGGGUGGCGCUGGCGUGCGUGGGGAACGACGGGCGCAGCCGUCCGGGGAUGGCGGAGGUGUCGGCCAUCCUCAGCGACGUGGAGGCCGCGUACAGGCGCCGUGACGGCGCACUUGUGGCCAAGGAGGAGGAGCGCGACGACGAUGGCGAUGAGAGCCGUCUCAGUGGAUGCCUUCUUGGCCCAAGCAGGAGCAUCCACAAGGCGGACAUGCUGCUCCGGGCGCCCCCUGUGAUGUGA